CUUCCUGCCAUUCUUCGCUCCCCUUGUUUGUUGCGUCUUGAUAACCAGCGGAUAUCAACGAGCCAUCGAGCCAUAGAUUCACGAUAUCGAAGACCAUUCUCUUAACACUUUCACGUGUCAAGUCAAAAUGGCUCUCGACGAGUACACCUACAUUUUCGUCAUCGGCACUUUAUUUGCCAUGCUCGAUGCCUUCAACAAUGGAGCCAACGAUGUAGCAAACGCCUGGGCGACGAGCGUCUCGUCGCGAUCUAUCUCGUACAGGCAAGCCAUGAUCUUCGGCACCGUUUUCGAGAUGCUGGGCGCCAUCACGGUCGGAGCCCGCACAGCCGAAACCAUCAAGAACGGCAUCAUCCCCAUCGACGCAUUCCGCGGCGACGCCGGCGUUCAGAUGCUCGCCUUCACAUGCGCUUUGGCCGCCGCCUCGUCUUGGGUGAUGUGGUGCACGCGGCACUCGGCCCACGUCUCGUCGACUUACUCCCUGAUCUCCGCCGUAGCCGGCGUCGGCGUCGCCACCGUCGGCGCCUCGAAAGUGCAGUGGGGCUGGAACGACGGAAAGGGUCUCGGCGCUAUCUUCGCGGGUUUGGGCAUGGCCCCCGUGAUUUCGGGAGGCUUUGGCGCCGUCAUCUUCAUGCUGAUCAAGCUCGUCGUGCAUAUCCGCAAGAACCCCGUUCCCUGGGCCGUGUACACGUCGCCGUUCUUCUUCCUUAUCGCCGGAACUAUUUGUACUCUAUCCAUCGUCUACAAGGGCUCGCCUAACCUCGGCCUAAACAAGAAGCCCUCAUGGUACGUCGCCGCUGUUACCAUGGGAACUGGCGGUGGUGUCGCUCUGCUAGCUGCUAUUUUCUUCGUGCCCUACGUGCACGCCAAGGUCAUCCGAAAGGACCACGGCGUCAAGUGGUGGAUGUUUGUCUACGGACCCCUGCUUUUCAAGCGCCCUAUACUUGAGAGCGCCGACCGCGCGGAUGUUCCCAACUACGCCGUCGUCCAGGACGACGAGGCCGAGCAUUCUUCCUCUUCGACUCGCUCCCCCGAAUCCCUAUCCGAAAUCCAGCCCGUCUCCAAAGAAAACUCCACCUCCGACGUCGAGAAGAAGCCCGUGGAUGUCGAAUCGCGCCAAAUGACGUCCAAAGAAAUCGCCGCCCACGGCGAAUCCAAGCUACACGCCAAACUGCUCAAACGCCGCGGGCCAAUGGGCUGGGCCAUGCGCACCCUCCGCGACAACCCGAUGGGAGCCGGCGAGAUCUACGAGCUCCACAAUAUCCGGAUCCUCGCCAAACGCAUUCCCGCCAUGAUCGUCUGCGGCGCGCUUUACGGCCUGCACUACGACAUCCACGCGGCGCAGAGCGGCGUGGCGGGGACGCCGGAGGGGAAGCGGAUGGAGCGCGUGUACGCGCACGCGGAGAAGUACCCGAACGAGGUCGAGCACACGUACAGCUUCGUGCAGAUCCUGACGGCGUGCACGGCGUCGUUCGCGCACGGCGCAAACGACAUCGGCAACAGCGUCGGGCCCUGGGCCGUCAUCUACUCCGCGUGGUCGACGGGCAGCGCCGCCGCGGCCAAGGCGCCGGUCCCCGUGUGGCAGCUCGCCGUGCUGUCGGCCACGAUCUCCCUGGGCUUGAUCACGUACGGGUAUAACAUCAUGAAGGUCAUGGGCAACAAGAUCACGUACCACUCGCCGAGCCGCGGCUGCUCGAUGGAGAUGGGCGCCGCUAUCACGGUCCUCGUGUUCUCCCAGUUCUCGCUACCGGUCUCGACUUCGAUGUGUAUCACGGGCGCGACGGUCGGCGUGGGCUUGUGCAAUGGUACGUUGAAGGCGGUUAACUUCCAGAGAGUAGGGUUGCUGCUGCUUUCGUGGAUCGCGACGAUUCCUAUUGCCGGCACCCUUGGCGGUAUCCUUAUGGGGCUGUUCCUUAACGCGCCUCAUUUCGCUUCCUAGAGGUGGGAAGCAUAAAUAGGGGGAAGACGGUUUCUUCAGCGAUUAUAUGAAGAGGAAUGAAUGGAUUCUUAGAUUUUUAUUUGGUUUGGUUGCAUGAGUCGGUUGGUCAAUGGAUAUCAUAUAGAACGCCACCGGGAGAUGAAAUCAUUGAACAUGGACGCCUGAGGCGUAUGAGUCGAAAAGUC